AUGGAGGCAGAGGAGCCCCAGCACGGAGCCUUGACUCCCAUCCCUGCCGGAGCGGAAUUCCCUGUUAUCCGGGCAGCUCCCAUGAGGAGCAGCCAGACCCCUGCCUUGGAGCCUGCAGCCGAAGAGGGCGAGGACCCAGGGUGUCAGUGGGUUGAAGGCUGCACACUCUUGGAGACCCAGCAGAGACACGUGAGGGAUGCGAAUGACCAUGCAGCUGAGAGCAUGACCUCUCUCCACAACGAAGCCUCUCCAGAGGUGGAGACUGACCAGGAAACCCUGACAGCUGAGGCCUGUAAUGAUACCCCCUCAUGCCAGGAGGCCGGGCCCUGGAGCCUGGCAGACAGACAGGCAAGGACGCCAGCUUCCCUGGAGCUCCUGGCCUGUCCUGACCAAGGUGACUGUCUGGACACGGCCUCGUUAUCCAGGGACCUGGGCAGCAGCGUGGAGAUAGACUUUAAACCAGAACUCACGUCUUUGAUAUUGGAAACGGGACAAGCAGAAGGGAAGGAGGAAACAUCCUCCGACACCUAUGCCCAGACCAGACGCGGGCCUUCUUGUGAUGACAAUCACCCGGCUGAGACCAGGCGGCCCAUGGAGGACUCGGAGUGUGGACCUGCCAGGCAGGAAAGUCCAGGCCUCGUGUGUCUCCAGGGAACUGAGGGGCUGGAGGAAGGGGGACCUCAGGGAGAGGCUGCUGGCUCUGCUGGGCUUUCCGGGGCUCCAGAGCAGAUAGGAGAGCAGGUUAAAGGUGCAGAGGAAGAAGGGAGAGAGAAACAGCAGCAGAUUCAAAAUGACAUGGUACUCGCAGGUCAAGGAGAAAGAGAGGGGUGUUGCCGUGGGGAGUUGGGGGAUCUGAGUUAUGGGGAGUGGGACUGGAGGGCUUGGAGCCACGGGGAUCCAGAAAAAGGGGAGCAGAAGGGGAGGGAGUUAACAGGGCCAGAGGAGAAUGAGGUGGGUGCUCAGGAUGGGGAGAAUCGAAGCUCAGCAAGUAAGUCAGAGAAAGGACGUGGAAAGCCGGAAGAUCCAGGUGCACAGCGGGAAGCCAAGGCAGCAGAGGGGCAGGAGGAGGAAGUGGGGUCACCGGAGGAGGAACCAGGGGGCGGGGAGGGGGAUACACCGGGGGGAGGAGGAGAAGAGAGCUGCAUAGGACAAGGAGAGCCUGAGGGUCCCCCUGCGCUGGCUCUGGUCGCCCCUGAGGUCUCUCCUCUCUGUGGCCUGUCUCUAGAGACCUCUUCCCCCCCGACCAGGAUCCUGGGGACUCAGACAGAGCCUGGAGCCGAGGUUCCAUCCCCCGUCGCUCCGAGUCCUGCCCCAGAACCCACAGGAUGCUCCCACCAGCCCUUUUCUUUACCUGGUUCCUGUCCUGCCGAGGAGUCCCCAGACCCAGAAACUGCUCAUCGCCACCAGCAAGAGGGCUCUGAGUUGGGGCAGGAGACCACAUGUGGUGGGGGGGCGGAGGAAGUCUCUGCCUACAGUCUCUCCGCGACCCCUCCAAGGAGCCCAGAGGCAGCUACACCCGGUCCCCCUGAAGGGCCCCCUGGCACAGCUGCCACACCGCCGGCCCGUUCCCUGGCUGCCUCUCCCAGGAGGGAGCCUCCUGUCCUUGCCAGUUCUCCAGAAACCUCCAGAGCCUCUCCCCUGACCGACAGUCCAUCUCCCUGUGGGGCUCCUAAGACCCCCCCAGCAGCCCGCUACGGCUUCCCCUUGGCGGGCUGGGCUAGCCCCCCAGGGUCCCUGGGCAGCCCCACCGGAGCGGUCCAGCCCAUGAGGAGCAACUCCUUCCCCGGGUCUCACGGGACAGAGCCAGCCCCGCACCUGGUGGGAAUAUCCCUGUCCUCCUCCCACUCAGAGUUGCCCCAGAGACCUCCCAAACCUGUCAUCUAUGGCUCUGUGCUCCCAAGAAGGGGCAGGAGAACUGUAAGGGACUGUGCCAUCAUUCCCGAAGCCUCGAGUUCCCCACCCGCUCCGGGGCAGGAUUUUGGAGAACCGGCUUCAAAUCCAGCCACGGCCGGCAGCCCCCCCGACAGUCAGCCGUGGGGCCCCACGAAGCACUGGGCCUUUGCCCCCGGGUCUCCUGCCUGCAGCUCCUCCCCAGCCCCUGGCACCCCCAUAGACCUGAUGAUCCAUGAACCUCCACCCCUGCCUCCCCCGGAGAGGAGGCACGUCCAGCCCUCCACGGUGGAGCGAGAUGGCCAUCCCCCUACGGUGGUCCCCAUGCUAAAGCGGUACAGCCAUCCUCCACCACUCACCCUGGGUCCGGGGCCCCACGGCCCCCCCAGGGCCCCCCCAGCCCACAUUCCCAACCCCGUGGUGGCAAGGGAGCACCGACCGCUGCCCUCCACGCCAGAUGCGCCACUCCACACUCAGCACUCUGUCUCUCCCAGGCAGAGAUACAACAAGCCAUUACCCCCCACCCCCCACGCCCCCCAGCCCCACCACCCCCUUGUCUUGUCGAGCAUCUCAAGGAUCUACAAGCCUCUCCCUCCUGUCCCCAUCCUGGAUCCUCCUACUGAACCGCCCCCUCUGCCCCCAAAGUCCAAGGGGAGGGGCAGGAGCUCACAGGGAGGACUCGUGAACUCAGGGGAUCAAGGCAGGCCGAGGCCUGAUUGUCAAGAGUGGACCGUCUCCACCCCGCCUUCUGCAGGACGGGUCUCCUGGCCUCCAGCCACAGGCCGGUCAACCCACCCUUUGGCUUCCGUCGGCAGGUGUAAGAGUGAUGCACCCCCGGGCCUCGCUUUCAGUAACAUGACGGCCCUUCUACACCCAUCUUCCCCAACCACCCCAUGGACUCCAGAGGUCCAGCAACCCACCUCUGAACCCGGGCUCUCAGAAGAGUCUGAAGCCCCUGCCAGAGGGUCUUGGAGAAGAACAGCCCCCCAGGAAGGAAGCAAUGGCCUGAGGAAGUCAGAGGUAGGCCCAGCGAGGCAGCCGGAGAAAUCGGGCCACAUCCCCCUGGAGAAGGCAUCGAGCUGGCCCCAUCGACGGGAGCCGAGAAGGCCAGCGGAGGACGGCAGUGAGGCGGUGGCGGUCCCCGGUGAGGGGUCGAGUAAGCACAAGGACUGGCACCGGCAGGGCCUGCGAAGACCCUCCAUCCUCCCCGAGAGCCCUGUAGACACAAGAGGUCCCGCCAUGGAAGGAUCCCCUGGCCUGUUGGAUGCCAUUGUUUUCCGGGAGAAAAAGCCAAAGGAGGUGAUGGGAAACUUUUCAAGACGGUGCUCCAAGCUCAUCAACUCCUCCCAGCUGCUUUACCAGGAGUACAGUGAUGUGUUUCUGAACAAGGAGAUUCAGAGCCAGCAGCGGUUGGACAGCCUGACGGAGGCACCGGGGCCCAUCUCGCCCCGGCAGCCCCGAAAGGCCCUGGUCUCCUCGGAGUCCUACCUGCAUCGCCUCUCCAUGGCCUCCAGUGGCUCGCUGUGGCAGGAGAUCCCCGUGGUGCGCAACAGCACCGUGCUGCUCUCCAUGACCCACGAAGACCAGAAGCUCCAGGAGGCCAAAUUUGAGCUGAUUGUGUCAGAGGCUUCCUACCUGCGCAGUUUGCAUAUAGCUGUGGAUCAUUUCCAACAUUCAGAGCAGCUCCGGGCCACCCUUUCCAACCAGGAUCACCAAUGGCUCUUCUCUCGUUUGCAGGAUGUGCGUGACGUCAGCACCAUGUUUCUUUCUGACCUGGAAGAGAACUUUGAGAACAACAUCUUCACCUUCCAAGUGUGUGAUGUGGUCCUGAACCACGCCCCCAACUUCCGCCGGGUCUACCUGCCUUACGUCACCAACCAGACCUACCAGGAACGCACCUUCCAAAGCCUGCUGAACAGCAACAGCAGUUUCCGAGAGGUCCUGGAGAAGCUGGAGAGCGCCCCCAUCUGCCAGCGCCUUUCCCUCAAGUCCUUCCUGAUUCUGCCUUUCCAGCGCAUCACCCGUCUCAAGCUCCUGCUCCAGAACAUUCUGAAGAGAACACAGCCUGGCUCCGCAGAGGAAGCAGAGGCCACGAAAGCGCACCACGCCCUGGAGGAGCUGAUCCGAGACUGCAAUAACAACGUCCAGAGGAUGCGACGGACAGAGGAGCUGAUCUACCUGAGCCAGAAGAUUGAGUUUGAGUGCAAAAUAUUCCCGCUCAUUUCACAGUCACGCUGGCUGGUGAAGAGUGGGGAGCUGACAGCCCUGGAGUUCAGCGUCUCCCAGGCUCUGCGGAGGAAGCUGACCACUCGCCCAGUGCACCUGCACCUCUUCAACGACUGUCUGUUGCUGUCUCGGCCCCGAGAGGGUAGCCGAUUCCUGGUAUUCGACCAUGCUCCCUUCUCUGCCGUCCGUGGGGAAAAGUGUGAAAUGAAGCUGCAUGGAGCUCACAAAAACGUCUUCCGACUCUUCCUGCGGCACAACGCCCAGGGCUCCCAGGCCGAGUUCCUCCUCCGCACAGAGACCCAAAGUGAAAAGCUUCGCUGGAUCUCAGCCUUGGCUAUGCCGAGGGAGGAGUUGGACCUUCUGGAGUGUUACGACUCCCCACAAGUGCAGUGCCUUCGAGCCUACAAACCCCGAGAGAAUGACGAGUUGGCGCUCGAGAAGGCGGACGUGGUGAUGGUGACCCAGCAGAGCAGCGAUGGCUGGCUGGAAGGCGUGAGACUGUCUGAUGGGGAGCAAGGCUGGUUCCCUCUACAACAAGUGGAGUUCAUCUCUAACCCAGAGGUCCGUGCACGGAACCUGAAGGAAGCCCACCGAGUCAAGACUGCCAAGCUACAGCUGGUGGAGCAGCAGGCCUAG